CCAAGACAACAAAGGCCCAUCCAUGCUUUUAAUUUCUUAUAAGGCUUUCCUCAUUAUAUUUCUUAUGGCUUCUCCAGGCAACAAGUAAGGUAUAGUAUUCGUCAAGUUAGGCAUCGCAUCAAGUAUCAUUGCAUACUGUGAAUUGUCUUGUGCUUUCUUCGAGUUAACAUAUAAUACAAUCAUAGUGGAGUCUCGUGUGCUCAUCUCUAUACAAGAACAAAGCCCUUCAUUCUUGAAAAACUGAAACUCGAUCGUGUAACGAUACACCGGAGGUACACGAGUAGUGGGGUCUCAGACAGUACACCAUCAUCUUUCUUUGGAAAACGGGAGAAUGGAUGAGUUCAGUACAGAAAGAUCAAAGGCAUGGAACAUGUACACGGAUUCACCACAUAGCCCGCCUCAAACAGGAGGUGAUGGUGAAGGUCCAUGGAAGAACUUUGGGACAUCAAUGAAUGCAAUUUCUUUUGGUUUUGUUGCUACUGCAGUUUUAAUAUCAAUGUUUCUUAUAAUGGCAAUAUUUGAACAUCUUUUUAGACCAAAUGUUUCAUUCCCUUUACCCCAACAUGGCACCACUCACUCUCUUCCUGAGGGCUCGAGGCCUAUGCAAAAGCUCGCAAAUCCACAAUCACAUGUACAAGCUGCUUAUGCAUCGGAUUUUUCGGUAUUGAUGCCGGGCCAUCAGUACCCUACCUACAUUGCACAUUCAGCACCUCUACCUUGCUCAAGGGAAGGAGCGCAAUGGCCUUCUCAUCAACAACAUAAUUGUAUUAUACAUGCGGGAUCCCACAACAAGAAUGUUUUCAAGACAUUAAUUGCUGCAGAAUAUGUUGGUGUUGAAAUCAAAAUGGCUGAAAAUUUUCAGAUGGGUGUGUCAAAUAAGACUCCUGAGUUUAUUAAAAUGAACCCCAUUGGAAAGGUUCCUGUCCUCGAGACUCCUGAUGGCCCUAUAUUUGAAAGUAAUGCAAUUGCUCGCUAUGUUGCUAGUUUGAAGCCUGAAAGUUCUCUCUUGGGGUCUUCACUGAUAGAAUAUGGUCAAAUUGAACAAUGGAUAGAUUUUUCUACAUUGGAGCUUGAUGCUAAUUUGAGAGGAUGGGCCAUGCCAAGAGUUGGAUAUUCCCCCUAUAUCAAACCUGCUGAGGAGAGUUAUAUAUCUGGUGUGAAAAGAGGUCUUGGUGCUCUAAACACGCAUCUUGCUUCACGUACUUUUUUGGUUGGUGAUUCCGUGACUUUGGCUGACAUCAUCAUGACAUGCAAUUUGGCGUUCAAGUUUAAAGUAGUGUUGACAAAGAGUUUCACUUCUGAGUUUCCUCAUUUUGAGAGGUAUUUCUGGACCAUGGUUAAUCAACCAAAAUUCAGUAAGAUAAUUGGAGAAAUCCAACAAACAGAAACUGUUCCUCCUAUUCCUUCAGCCAAAAAACCAGAAGCCAAACCAAAAUCCGAACCUAAAAAAGAAGAAGCCCCUAAGCCCAAGCCUGAACCCGAAGCUGCCCCAGAAGAGGAAGAGGCACCCAAGCCUAAGGCAAAGAAUCCUCUCGAUUUAUUGCCUCCAAGUCCAAUGGUUUUGGAUGACUGGAAAAGGCUUUACUCAAACACCAAAACUAAUUUUCGUGAGGUUGCAAUCAAAGGUUUUUGGGACAUGUAUGAUCCAGAGGGAUACUCUCUUUGGUUUUGCAACUACAAGUACAAUGAUGAGAACACUGUCUCAUUUGUGACAAUGAACAAGGUUGGUGGAUUCCUUCAGCGUAUGGAUCUUGCAAGGAAAUAUGCUUUUGGAAAGAUGUUGAUUAUUGGAAACGAGCCUCCAUUCAAGGUCAAGGGUUUGUGGCUUUUCCGUGGGACUGAAAUCCCAAAAUUUGUGAUGGAUGAGUGUUAUGACAUGGAGCUUUACGAGUGGACCAAGGUUGACCUUUCUGAUGAGGCUCAGAAGGAGCGAGUGAAUCAGAUGAUUGAAGAUUUUGAGCCUUUUGAAGGUGAAGCUCUUUUGGAUGCUAAAUGCUUCAAAUGAAGGGGAAAUGCUGAUACCUAUCAACAAUAAAUAUAAUACAGUGAUCAGCAAAGUUCAACAUGCUAAUUGUACUCCAUACAGAACGCCAGAUGUGGAUGAAAAGCAAGUAGCAACCCUUUGAACGCUAUGCAGUCAAAGUAAGAAAGCAAAAUGUGAAUAAAAUACUAUUGUAGUCCAAAAAUACUCUGAUGUUAAUGUUACCAAGUGUAAAAUGUGUGAAAUAUUUGAAAUUUCAUGUUGAAGCUGGAAAAUAAGAUUUUCUGUUGAACAUGUUAUGUACUUAUGUACCAUCAGCCCUAGUUGAGGUAUCCGUGUUUGUUUUUGUUUAGAUCUGGAUUUCAAAAUGUGGAAGUUGUAGGCGAUGGAGAUGAGGACUGAAGUUGGUUUCUUUUUCUUCUGAUUGAUGUUGGUCUGAGAAGAUGGAGAUCGGAGACUCAUCGGAGAUGAUUAGACCUUAAUAGCCGAUCAAAAAAAUGAUAUUUUUGAAUAUCAAAGUGAG